AUGGCUAAAGGAAGCUGUCUCUGUGGUGAUGUCAAGUUCGAGUACCAGGGCGAACCAGCAGCCAAGGCCGCCUGUCACUGCCUUCCCUGCCGAAAGUCAUCUGGUACAACCAACUCUUACAACCUGAUGAUCCCAAGCGACAAGUACAAAAUUCUUUCGGGUUCUCUGAGAACAUUCACAAGGAAGGGUGACAGUGGCAAGAAUGUCACAUACAACUACUGCCAGAACUGUCCUACUGUCCUCUUUGUGACAGCCGAGGCCUUGGAUGGUGUCAACAUUGUAAAGAUGGGCACCCUUGACGAUGAGGAUGUUUACGACAACUUGGGAAAGCCUGGUGUCGAGAUUUACACCAAGAACCGUCCUCAGUGGUGUGAUGCUAUCCCAGGUGCUCAGCAGAAGGAGGGUGGUUCUUAG